AUGAGUAAUUCUGACUCCAUUCCGUCAAUUCCUCCGCAAGAGGAGAAGUUCCAUCUCAAAGGGGAGAGUGAAGAAUCUGCCUCAUCUCCAUCCACUCUCUCCAAUAUACCUGGGCUGGGACGACUUGGAAAUGCGCCAAAGUCUGAGAAUCCAACUCCAACAGCGGAGACCGACCUCGCAGAGAUUCACUUAAAAGCAUCGGUCACAUCACAAGAUAAAUUGCCGGAGAGCAGUCAUGAUCAACCCCUGGAAGAUUUCAAGAUGGCGGAUGCUGAACCUCUACUUCAAGAAUCUGCGACUUCUGUGACCACUGAUGCGACUUCAGAAAACCUUCCAGAAAUCAAGAGUGAAAUUUCACAGAAGACGGGGGUUAUCAUCGAGCAAAAAGAAGGUCAAAAUAGUUUGGAGAUUGAACAAGCGCCUCUAGAACAAGCCAAAAUGAACACGCAAGACGCCAACAACGACGCGAUGGACAUUGCGCCGUCACAACCUACCGCAGACCUUCAUGUUGAACAAGGGAAAGAGAUGCCGCUGAAAGAUUCAUUAGGACAAUCUAGCACUAUUGAUAUUCAAGUACCGGAGACCCAUGCCAAUCAACCAGAUUUGACCCAUGCUUUGGAGGCGAUGCUAGGAGGCCUGCUACAACCUGCGACUGUGACUGCAGAUGUUGCAACGAACAAUGCAUCCGCAGCACUAGCGACAGAAGAGGAACACCCAGAAUGGGAGGUUGACUCAUCUCCAUAUGAGUCUUCGUCCGAUUCCUCAAGUGAUAGUUCAUCCGAGGAUGAUAGCGAGGAGGAGGAUGGAGAAAAUGCCUACAAAUUAUUAAGUCCCGAAGAACAAGCAAGAAUCUUAAUGACGGAGAAUGAUGGGGGUUCAGAUGAUGAGGGAGUGGCACGUGGGGAAAAGCGCACCGGAGGCCACCUACGUACGAAGAACGAAGUUCCGGAAGAGGUGAUACCCAAACCAGAUGUCACGAUAACGCCUGAGAUGCCUAUCACAAAAUUGGGAGAUGUGGAAGGAGUGGUGGACAAUAUCAUUCUCAUCAAAGCUUUCACAAGUGGAGAAUAUCAAGUACUGAGAGAAGAAUCUGUGCUAUGUUUACAGGAUCGCAGCGUUAUAGGUGUAGUGUCGGAAACGUUGGGCAGAGUGGAACAACCAUUGUAUUGUGUAAGAUUCACGAAUGCAGCUGCAAUUGCCGAAGCAGGACUGUCUGUUGGAACUACGGUGUAUUAUUCUGAACAGCAUUCAACGUACGUCUUUACACAAGCUUUGAAAGCAUACAAAGGUACAGAUGCUUCAAACUUGUUUGACGAAGAAGUUGGCGACGAGGAAAUGGAAUUCUCUGACGAUGAAAAAGAGGCUGAGCAUAAGCGAAUGAUAAGGCAAAAGAGGGCAGAGAAAAGAGGUAUUAAGACUCAGCAGAAUGGCAGUAAUACACGUGGUGGGCAUGCUUCGCAAAAUACAUAUACCCCUGUUAACAACAACGCCGUGUUGAACUACGACGAAGCCGAGGAUGGCCCUUACAAAACCCUUACUAGACCAGUUGGAUUUACUGGGGGGGCAAGUGGUAGUGAAGCUCCUCAAGAGGGUUCGCAUUACAACAGAUCAAGUCAACGUGGCGAUCAUGGAGGUAGGGGCAGAGGAAGAGGUCGUGGAGACAGAGGCAGAGGAGAUUGGGGAAGAGGCCGAGGAAGAGGGGGCGGACGUAAUGAUCGAAACACCAGUUCUCAUGAUAAUUCAUUGCAAGCAAGCCAUGCAUUGCCCCCUUCUAUUCCAAGUCCGGGGGCAUUCAACUCUCAAUCAGCUUCAUUACCCCCAAAGCCUAACUUUCCACCUCCGCCACCUUCGAAUAUUUACAGCAAUCAAAAUCAGCCACAGCAAUAUCAACCCCAGCCAUCACCACAAUACCCAUCUCAACAACCUCCAGUAUGGCCAAUGUACCCGCAAGGUUAUCAACAACCGUAUCAGCAACCAUACCAACAGCCUCAACAACCCCAACAACCUUUUGCUCAAGCACCGAACCCUUGGGCGGGUAUGCCUCCUCCUCCUCCCUUGCCAGCAGGUGCAUUCAUAAAUCCGGCAUUCUUCGCUCAGCAGAAUGGGGCAAACCAAAACGGAGCAAAUCAAUGGACUCAUCCUGGCCAGCAAAAUGGGAACGGAGGUGGUAGAUAA